CUCGAUCUACUCCGAUACCAUUCCCCAGCGACCGCUUCUCCUCCCGUUCGAUGUAGCCGUAGGAGCCGGCGACGGACGACAUGCACUCGAAGCGCCGGCUUAUUGCAGGACCUUGGCGAGUCUGAAAUCGGCGACAUGGAUGAGGGCGUCGGAGAAGCCGUGGCCCUAGUGGUCGAUGGCGCAUACGAGGGAGCCGUGUUUGGCGAAGAGGAUGGAGGUGAGCUGGAGACUCGCCGGUGAAGCCGUGGACGACGGCGAUGAAUCCGAUUUUGUCGGCGGGAGGGAGCGGGGACCACCACUAGGUGAAGAGCUUGAAGCCGCGGGAGUUGGUCCGGUGCUCAGAGUGGUGGGAGACGUCGUGUUUGGCGUAGAAUUCGGACGUGGUGAAAUUGCAAAGGGCUCUGGUCGUUGGAGUCGGAAAUCUGGUGCUGAACCAUGGCGGCGGUGGUCUCCGUCAUUGUGGAGGCGGAGCGGAGAAAAAGAGGAGGAAGUAAGAAUUGAGUGAAAUGGGGAUGAGGCAGGCGAGAAGAAUGUGGAGUGAGAGAAAGUGAUGGAUGGGCCAAUUUGUGGGCUUUUUUCAGGUGGGUGAGAACGAGCGGUGGCAGUUGGCAGGGUUCCCAACUCGUUAUUUGUAGAGAGUUACUAUCCAAGGAGUGGAAGGACCUAUACUGGGAAUUCAUUGACGUUUGGGACAAGAUAGAGAAAGAUGAACCUGAUACUUAUUCAGCAAAAGACUGUCUCAAAAGGAUUGUAAAACUAGGCAGUGUUCUUCUGAGUGAUCCAUUGGCCUCUUUAUUUGAGUUCUCUCUUACUCUGAGAUCAGCAUCACCGAGAUUACAACUCUAUCGACAAUUAGCAGAGGAGUCUCUUGCUUCUUUCCCUCCGUCAGAUGAUGGAACAGAAGGAAACCUAAUAUCGAAUCGAGGGAGAGAAACAGACCAUAUAGAAUAUGGAGUAGAAGAUUUGGUGUUGGUUUGUUGCUGCUAGUUGCUGCUGCUUGAUGAGUUGAAUGGGAAUGAUAGUUGGUUGGUUCAUUAGGCUCACUUAAGAGCUUACUAAUUGGAUUUGUAAUGUGUUAGAAGAAAUGGCCUUGCAGUAG